GGCUCGUUACGGUCGCUACGUCGCUACGGUAGGACGCUACGACUUAUCUGUUGCUACGAACAUUGGAGUUAUCGGGAAGUUUGUGAGUGCGUGGAGUGGAAUGCUACUGUUUGUGACUUGAGUGAUUGUUUGAGACAAGUUACCGCUUGCCGGGCGAAGGUAGCGGAAAGCGGGGCAUGUCGAGCGGCGGCGUUCUGGUGGCCCUGCUGUGGCUGGCAGGUGGCGGUGGAUGCCAGCUGAUGUUUCUUCUGGAGCCGCCGCCGCGCCUGUCUUUCUCCAACAGCAGCGGCACACGUGUCACGUGUGCGGCGCACGGCUCCCCUCCUCCCACCAUCACCUGGCUCACGGAAGACGGCUUGCCGGUCACGGAUGUGCCGGGUUUGAGGGAGGCGCUUUCAAACGGUACGCUGUGGCUAGGGCGAUUCUCCCCUGCUCAGUACCGCAGUGACGUACACGCAGCGGGAUACCGAUGCCGGGCGUCGAGCGCCGCCGGUACUAUACUGUCACGUGACAUGCGCCUCCACGCCGUGAUGGACGUGUCGUGGCAGGUGGCGGUGUCUAACACGCCAGGCGUGGCCGGGGGCGCCGCAUUGCUCACGUGUGCUGUGAGUCCAACUGCAGCGCGGGCCCACGUGUCAGUCACCGGAUGGCUCAAGGACGGGGCUCACAUCACGCCGCUUCUGACGGAUACUGAUGGAGGAUACAUAAUAGCUGGUAGCCGUGGUGACAUACUCGUGGUACGGGACGCCAGUCCUGACGAUAGGAGUUCCUACUGCUGCGAGGCUCAACACAUGCUCACCGGCGACAAGAGAAGGAGUCCACCGUCGAUGAUCUCUGUCACACAUGGAACUGGCAGCAUGGCUCCCCGAAUCCUGGCAAUAUCUGAAGAUGAAACAGUACAACAAGGUGGUGACAUCAGACUUGUUUGCUGUGCUAUUGGAAGUCCGCCCCCAACAUACAGUUGGUUGCGGUACAGCAAUGGACGCGCGAGUCCUGUUGGCAGCAGCAUCAGAGUGUCGGUAACGCAGCAGGUGUUGGUGAUACGACGCGCACAGCCUACGGACAGUGGCGUGUGGACAUGCCGCGCGCACAACCAAUAUGGCGAACAGCGACGGGACGCCUCGCUAGCGGUGAGAGGCCGCCUCGUGGUCUCUGUGCAGCCGCCACUGCAGAUAGCAAACUCUGGCAGCUCGGUGACGUUCCAGUGCUCGGUGGAGGGUGGCGAGGCGCGAGUGCGCUGGCUGCAUGAUGGAGUUCCCGUGGGUGGCGCUGAACGUUCGCUGAUGGUGCGGGGCGUAGCACGCGCGCACCGCGGCAUGUACCAAUGCUUCGCCGAGCGAGACCUGGACAGCGCACAGGCUGCUGCUGAGCUGCGCCUGGGAGACACGGCGCCCGAGUUGCACUACACCUUCAUCGAGCAGGCGCUGCAUCCGGGCCCGGCGGUGGCACUACGAUGCUCGGCGUCUGGCUCCCCUCCACCCAGAUUCACCUGGUUGCUGGACUCGCAGCCUAUAGAGGAACACAACACGCCGCAAAGAGCGAUCAGCCAGUUCGUGAGCACGAACGGCGAUGUGGUGAGCUACCUGAAUCUGACGUCGGUGCGACCCGAGGACGGCGGCCGCUACACGUGUCGGGCGCACAACUCUCGCGGUGCCGUUGACCACUCCACCCGCCUCAAUGUCUAUGGUCCACCCUCGAUCCGCAGCAUCGGGCCGCUGCGCGUGGUAGCCGGCCUCAACACCACCAUACACUGCCCAUACUCAGGAUUUCCAAUCAGUGAGAUCCGCUGGCAGCGCAAUGGUGUGGAGGUGUCGGCGAGCGGUGGGCGUGCUCUAGCCGGACCCCAUGGCGAGUUGCUGCUGUGGCCUGCUGAACCAGCCGACGCGGGCCUCUACUCCUGCAGGGUGACGGCUUCGUCUGGACAUUAUGCGCAGAAGGAUCUACAAAUCUUUGUUCGGAAUCCACCAAAAAUUGCUGGUUUUUCAUUCCCCGCGGACUUAGUAGAAGGAAGCUCAAUACAAGUUCUGUGUGGAAUAACAUCUGGUGACAAACCUGUUUACUUCUCAUGGCUCAAGGACGGACAGACUGUUCCCGCAAAUUUACAGGUUCAAGAGAAGUCGCUGGAAGAGUUCAGUUUCCUAAUCUUCUCACACGUGACGUCACAACACAGCGGCGACUACACCUGCGUGGCCUCUAACUCCGCUGCGGAGGUCAACCAUACGGCACGCCUCGCUGUCAAAGUUGCACCUACGUGGGUGUUUGAACCUCAAGACGUGUCAGCCUUACUUAGUACUCCGAUAGUAGCACACUGCUUGACAAAAGGAUAUCCGGAGCCUAGAAUUACUUGGCUUAGAGGACACGGUCCAAAUCCGGGGGAUUUUCGGCCGCUGACAGCUCUUGAUGUGCCCGUAACGGUGCUCAGUAACGGGUCCCUGAGCGCGGCAGCAGCCAGCCGGCUGCACGAAGGCCGCUACAUGUGUCGCGCUGACAACGGCGUAGGAAGAGGACUGACAAAGGUCAUCACGAUAUCUGUCAAUGAGCCGGCCCAAUUUGAGCAGUCGUCCCGAAACGUGUCUGCGCGGCGCACGGCGUCAGUAACGCUGGCGUGCGCUGCACGCGGAGACCCACCCCUGACGCUGCGCUGGUCUCAUAACACGCGCCCACUCGACCUACACACCUACAGAGUGUCAGUGUCGGAGAAGAGAUCAGAGAACGGUGCGAGUUCCGAGUUGAGUAUUGCUCAUGCGCAGCGCAGUGACUCGGGCGUGUACCGCUGCCGGGCUGAGAACGCGUAUGGGAGAGACGAGCUGCUGAUAUACCUGGCCGUCCAAGAGUUCCCGGAGGCGCCCCGCGAGCUACGCGUGGUGCGGCAGGAAGCGCGCGGCGCGGUGGUGGCAUGGCGGCGCGGCUACGACGGCAACGCUCCGCUACGAGCGUUCCGUCUACAGUACCGCGUAACGUGA